GGUUGUAAACAUAGCUUUUAGCCUGCUAUCUCUUUGAGUAGUUCUUCGCAAAUAAUGACCAUCUUUAAACUAAAAUAGUGAAAUAUUAACUAACGAGAGACUAUAUGUAACACACUACGGGACAUAAAAAUAAAGCAGGUGUCAGGAUUCAGACGAUUUUGGAUGUGGUAAAAGUACUGAAUUUACUGUCGCUAGUGUUGUAGAGUUAGCUAGCUAGCUUAGUUAGCUUAGCAUUCGCCGAACAGGAUGACGGAUAUAAAAAACAAAACGUUUAAGUUCGUGGUCGUGGGAGGCGGCAUUGCGGGUGUGACAUGUGUAGAACAGCUGUCAUCCCAGUUUCCGUCAGCAGAUGUCGCACUGAUCACAGCAGGUCUUCAUAUCAAGACAGUGACCAAUUACAGACAGGUCUCCAAGACUCUGGAAGAGUUUGAUGUGGAGGAGCGACCAUUAAGUGUCCUGGAGCAGAAAUUCCCAAAGCUGACAGUCAUCCACUCUGCUGUCAAAGCACUCCACUCACAGUUACGUUCUGUGCAGACUGUGGAUGGGAUGGAAUUCGGUUAUGAGAAGUUAUGUAUCUGUAGCGGAGCCAGACCGAAGCUCUUAACCCAGGACAACCCUUGUAUACUUGGGAUACGAGACACAGACAGUGCCCAGGAAUUUCAGAAGCGGUUAUCCACAGCAAAGAGAAUCGUUGUCGUUGGAAAUGGAGGGAUUGCCUUGGAGUUGGUGUACGAGGUGGAGGGCUGUGAGGUAAUCUGGGCUGUGAAGGACAAGGCCAUUGGAAACACCUUCUUUGACGCCGGAGCGGCACAGUUCUUCAUCCCGUCAUUGGAGGCUCCCAAACUGGAGAGAGCCGGCCCUCGUAAGAGGCCUCGCUACACCACAGAAGAAGUGGAGGGAGGAACAUGCCAGACAUUCACCGCAGAUAAAAUCCAGCGAGGAAAUAGUUCUGGUUCUUCAGAACCUGGCAGCGCUCUUGGUCCAGACUGGCAUGAAGGAAUACUUCUGCGUGGAGCCGAACAGGUGUCCCAUAGAGUUUCAGUAGAAUACCAGUGCCAAGUAGAAAAGAUCUUCACCUCAGAGGAGCUGCUCAGGUCACCACAGCACACGCUCAGAUCUGAGAAAGAAUCAUGGCCGGUCUACAUCCAGCUGACCAACGGCAAGACAUUUGGCUGUGACUUCAUCAUCAGCGCUACCGGCGUGGUUCCAAACACAGAGCCAUUUCUCCAUGGCAACAAUUUUGUGCUGGCAGAUGAUGGAGGCCUGCAAGUAGAUGACCAGAUGAUGACGUCAGAACCAAAUGUCUAUGCUGCAGGAGAUGUGUGCACUGCAUGCUGGGAGCACAGCCCAUUUUGGCAGCAGAUGCGUUUGUGGACCCAGGCCCGUCAGAUGGGCUGGUAUGCCGCCCGCUGCAUGGCGGCACACACUCUGUCAGAACCAAUUGAGUUGGACUUCUGCUUCGAGCUCUUCUCCCAUAUUACCAGAUUCUUCAACUUCAAGGUGGUUCUGUUGGGUAAGUUCAAUGGGCAAGGCUUGGGGUCAGACCAUCAGCUGCUGGUGCGUUGUACCAAAGGACAGGAGUAUGUCAAGGUUGUUCUCAGCGGAGGGAGGAUGGUGGGAGCUGUGCUAAUUGGUGAGACGGACCUCGAGGAGACCUUUGAGAACCUGAUCCUCAAUCAGAUGGAUUUGACUCGGUAUGGAGAGGAUCUGCUCAAUCCUGAUGUUGACAUCGAGGACUACUUUGACUGAGCAUCAGAGCUGUGAUCCAGACUUUUGAGAGCUCUGAAUGCUACAGACUCUAAAAUAUUGCAGGUACACGGCAUUAAUGAAGGAUAGAUGAAUUCUUCUAGCAGUCUGAAAGCUGUCUGAAGACAGCAGGAUGAGUAUUGUGUUCAGUCUAUGUUGGUGUAACAUGCCUGUUUUCAAAAAGUCAGAAUUUUUUGGUUCUUAAAAUGCUUGUAAAUUAAAGGUAUAUUUUUGUUCUCAAAUAAUCUAUUGCCAAAUAAAUUAUUAAUGAAAAAUUAAGUAUUAAAAAAGGUAUUUAUCAAGUGACAA